GGAAAAGGGCCAAAAACUCCCCUUUCCGCCCCUUCCAUCGACAAUCCGACCGUAUGAAUCGAAAGAGGACAUCCGGUUAUAUGAUGGUGCACCCUUUACUCGACCCAUUCGCCCGUCUCCGGAGGAUACCAAAAUAAGAGGUUAGAGGCAGAGAAGAAAAGGAUAUGGCCUAGUGGGUAGGUGUAAAGGCAUACCCCAUUCGUGGCUGGUGGGGUUAUAUCAUACGUGGGGCGGUCAUACUCAACUACGUGAUCUCCUCUUCCUCCCAUUUCUCAGGGCGUGUAUGCCUGUAUAUCGGCUGUAAAAGGAAAUUGAAUAACUGAAACUUCAAACCGAAAAUGAUGGGUUUAUGGUAGAAAUACCUACCUUUUCUUUCUAAUAGUCUAGAGAUCCUCAUUUCUUCCAGGACCGGCUCUCAAGGUGCCCCUUUCCCACCCCACAAAAAUCAGUAGAAACGAUUCCCAAAAAAGCCUAAAAAAAGGGAAAGAGAAAAAAAUGCCAACGUACAUUCUAAUAGAAACCAUGGUCAUCCUUCUCUGCAACUUCUCUCUCUCCAUACCAUCUCAUUUAAUCUAUCUAACGGAAAGAGGGACGAGAAAAGAGAGUUUAUUCCUUGGCAGCUACUCCACGAUGUUGUGAGACCUGCCAAGGAAGCCAUAAGAUCAAGUGGUUGUUUCGUCUUUCUCUCCUUUCUUUCUCCCUCUCUCCUUUUCUUUUCCUUUUCCCAGCAUGGGUUCUUUGAGUUUGUCUAUCAGCGUGGGUUUGAUCGUCUCUCUUGGUUUGUUGCUUUCAACUUGAUCAAGUUUCCAUGGAAAAUCUUUUGCCAUUGAUCCAUGGUAUUUGAUUUUCACUCUCACCCAUCAUUUUCUUCUAAAAGUUUCCGUUUCCACCAGCUAGCCAACACUUUUCUCCAUGAGAGCUUAGAAAGUAGAAAGAUAUCAUUCCCUUUCCAUCUCAGCACUGUCAGAAAGAAUUUAGCGGAAGGGGUUACAGAGCGAUGACGGAAAUGGUAGACACGUCGCCAAAUAAGAGUUCGGGCUGUGGCUUGCUGAAUGCAGUUUUUGGACGGCGAACUUUCUGGUUGAGAAGAGCAACCUCUACAGGCUCACUGCCCUCGAUGAACAGCAUUAAUAUCAGCAGGGUCUCGGGCACUACCAGUUCAAAGAGGCGACGAGGCAGCAGCUCCGAUGAAACCUCCUUUCUCAACCAAUCUAAUUCGUCAGAAGCGGCAUCAGGACUAGGUGAUAAACCCAUCAUCAGACCUUCCCCAAGUCAUACCAAGACCCCGCCAAUAUAUAAUCAAAAUCAAGGAAGAAGAAGUGAUGAAGCAAUCAUGCAACCAUCGUUGCGCUCAGGUGCAAUGAAAAUGUCACAGAGGGAGGCUUACGUUAACCAGGGAAGAAGGGUACCAAGGGAAGCAAUUGGCAUAUCGGGGGAGCUGGAAGCCAUGAUCGCUGAUCACCAGAGUUCAAAGGGAAACAGCUCAUUGGUUCGAGCUUCCUCCAGCAAUGUCAUGCUGUUUAGCAAUUUAGGUAACUUGAGGCAACCCGGUACAGGCAAUUUCACUUCAAAUAAUGUGCAGGAUUAUCUUCCAAAAGCUGCAAGAGAAGAGACUUCCAUGCCUAAUGGGAAAUACUCGAGUAGCCAAAUGGGGAAUGUAGUGAAGAAACCCAAUGGAGAGAAAGAACCUCCCUCAUCCCUCUGCCGAGCUCUCUCAACUAGAAUGGAUCCUGAGACAUUAAAGAUUAUGGGUAAUGAAGAUUACAAGAAUGGAAGAUUUGCAGAAGCCUUGGCCUUAUAUGAUGCAGCAAUCUCUAUUGACCCAAACAAGGCUUCAUACAGAAGCAACAAGAGUGCAGCAUUGACUGCCCUUGGUAGGCUCCUGGAAGCAGUUUUCGAGUGCAGAGAAGCCCUUAGGAUCGAACCUUAUUAUCAUAGAGCACAUCAACGAUUGGGAAACCUCUAUCUCAGAUUAGGAGAAGCAGAAAAAGCCAUAUAUCACUUCAAACAUGCAGGACCGGAAUCUGAUCCUGAGGACAUGGCCAAGGCUCAUUCUCUUCAGGCCCAUCUCAGCAAGUGCACCGAGGCUAGGAGGCUAAGAGAUUGGAACACUCUAGUCAAAGAAGCAGGCUACACCAUAUCUGCAGGGGCAGAUUCAGCACCACAGAUAUAUACUUUGCAAGCGGAGGCCUUGUUGAAGCUCCACAGGCACCAAGAAGCGGAUGCUGUAUUGGCAGCAUCUCCCUAUUUCAGUGUGGACGACUGCACUAAAUUCUUUGGCCCCUACGGUAAUGCUAAUCUAUUAAUGAUAAGAGCCCAGGUGGAUUUGGCUGCAGGCAGAUUGGACGAUGCUUUUGAAGCAGCUCAAAAAGCAGCUCGCCUUGACUCCAAUAAUAAAGAGGUGGGCAUAGUGGUUAGGAGGACUAGAGGGGUGAUCGCAGCUCGAGCAAAGGGAAACGAUCUCUUCAAAGCAUCUAGAUUCUCCGAGGCAUGUACUGCAUAUGGAGAGGGUCUGGAUCAUGAUCCCUUUAACUCAGUGUUGUUAUGUAACCGAGCCACAUGUCGGUCCAAGCUUGGUCAAUUCGAGAAAGCAGUGGAGGACUGCACAGCGGCUCUCAGUGUUCGCCCCUCUUACAGCAAAGCCAGGCUAAGAAGAGCUGAUUGCAAUGCUAAGUUGGGGAGAUGGGAAGCUUCAAUACAAGAUUAUGAGGUGUUGAUGAGAGAAACCCCAGAAGAUGAGGAAGUGGGCAAGGCCAUGUUUGAGGCCCAGGUACAGCUCAAGAAACAACGUGGGGAAGAUGUGAGGGACAUGAAAUAUACUAGUGGCUCCAAAGUGGUCCACAUUUCCAGCCACGAACGUUUCAAAGACUUUGCCACUUCACCUGGUGUCUCUGUGGCCCUUUUUUGUAGUGGGGAGGGGAACAAACAAGUGAUACAGUUUAUGGAACAACUCUGUAAGAGAUACCCAUCAGUCAACUUCCUCAAGGUUGAGGUUGAAGAGCACCCUAACAUAGCAAGAUCUGAAGGCGUCAACUCAUUGCCAGCAUUUAAAAUAUACAAGAAUGGCUCAAGGGUCAAAGAAAUUUCAGGAGACAACCUUGAUUUGUUAGAGAGCACAGUCAAAUCCUAUAACACCUGAAGAAAAAGAAAAGAAGAAAAAGGAGAGAACGGUGGAAACCAAUAGUAGGUUCCUCAUCCCCUCUGUACCAUAAUGCCAGAAAUAAAGUGGGUAGUAACAGACAUGAGAUCAACCAUUGCAGUGGCGUGGAUAGCGGGCCUCAAAAGGGAACAUGCAGCGGAAGGUUACAAAGGAGAGGCCCAAUGAAUUAAAUCAGAGAUGUUAAAGGGGAUAGGCAAUAUAUGUUUGGAAAUAGUAGUUGCUCAAAUGACUUUUAUAUAGAUGUGUGUACCUUUUCGUGGAUUUAAAAGGGGGAUGUUACUUACUCCUUUGUCUACUGUAUAUUUUUUGUGCCCACUUGUCCAGCAAAGAAUGCAGAUUUGAAGUGGUAGACUUGGUGGAGAGGGGCCUACUCAUUAUAAGGGUUUUAGAUUUGAGUGGCUCACAGCUAGGCAAAUUGUUGAUUUUUGUGAGUAGUUUUACAGGGAAAAUGAUUUCUCCAAGUUUGUUCCAUCUUUGGCUGCAUUCUUUGUUUCUUCAAAAACCAUGAUUAACAACAAGAAGAAUUUUGGU